AUGAGAUUCGACUCACUCCCCCUUGCUCUCACCCUUCUCAUCGGCGCCCAUGACGCCCUGGCACUUGCAGCGCCUCGGGCGCCCCGAGCGCUCCACGUCCCCCUGGUCCGCCGCGCCGCCGCCGAGCGCACCGCAGAAGAGUGGGGGCUUUGGGCGAAAGAGCAGAAGAAUGUCCUCGAAGGAAAAUACAGCGGCGACGCCGCACGAAAGCGUGCCGAGGGCAUGAAUCUCAUCGUUAACCAGAAUGCAGACUCGAGCUACUACGGCUCGCUCGCCCUCGGCACACCUGCUACUGCGUACAAUGUUAUCCUUGACACCGGCUCCUCCGACCUCUGGCUGGCCGACUCGGCGUGCACCACCGGUUGCGACCAGAUCACGACAUUUAACCCGGACAGCUCAUCCUCAUUCAAGAACUUGUCUACCGCAUUUUCGAUCACGUAUGGGAGCGGUCAGGCUGCCGGCGUGCUCGGAACAGAUGUCGUGCAGAUGGCCGGUUUCGAGGUGAACGAGCAGGUGUUUGGUGUAUGUAGCGUCGUCUCUUCUGGUCUUCUCAAUGAGCCCGUGUCCGGUCUGCUCGGCCUCGCGUGGCAAUCGAUAGCAUCAUCUGGCGCGACACCUUUUUGGGAGAACCUCUACCAGAAAAAUGCUUGGGAUCAGCCCGUCAUGGCUUUCCAGCUGACGCGGUAUCAGAACGACAGCCGCGCGGCCGCUCUUGAGCCCGGAGGAACGUUCACAAUGGGUAAUGUUAACUCGUCGCUCUACACCGGCGAUAUUGACUAUCAAGACAUCCCGACGAGCACCCCGACGUAUUGGACGCUGCCACUGAAGACCUUGACCGUGAACGGCAACUCAAUAACACUCGCCUCUGGCUCGUCGUCGUACGCUGCGAUCGACACCGGCACGACUCUGAUCGGUGGCCCGACAGACCAAGUCGCUGCAAUCUUCGCCCAGAUUCCCAACUCGGCUGCUGGAACUGGGAAUUAUCAGGGGUAUUACUUGUACCCAUGCGAUACGACGGUGUCUGUCACUCUGUCGUUCGGAGGCAAGGACUGGUCAAUCAGUCCCGCCGACUUCCAGUUGGCGCAGGUCUCUAGCAGUCAGUGCCUCGGCGCCUUUUUCGAGUUUUCUAGCUCGAGCACUGCGCCGUCGUGGAUCGUCGGUGACACGUUUCUCAAAAAUGUCUACUCAGUAUUCCGCGCGUCCCCUGCUUCGAUCGGGUUUGCCGCGCUCUCCGAGACCGCCGUCGCGAUGAACGGCGCCACGGGUACUGUACCCUCGCCUACGAUUGGCUCUGUUUCAGCGAGCGUCACGGGCUCUGGGCGGUCUGCGAGCGCAGCGCAAUCGAUUGUGAUGGAGCGCGGAGCACGGACGGCGGUGUUGUUGUCGGCGCUGAUGACCGCAGCGGUGGGUGUGCUCGUGUUGUGA